AUGGCUCUGCUGAGAGGAGAGACAGUAACACUGGACUGUCACUAUAACACCAGUGACACAGGUCCAUAUCUUUUCUGGUACAGACAGGCUGCAGACGACAAGCCCACAUUCAUUCUGAGCCGCUCUAGGUUUGGAUCAGGGAACACAGCGGACGGGUUCAAGGAGAGAUUGGAUUCCAGCCUGGAUUCCAGCUCAAGAUCAGUUCCUCUGAAGAUCCAGAGUCUGCAGCUGUCUGACUCUGCUGUGUACUACUGUGCUUUGGCUGCUAUGUGCUUUGAAUGCAGAGCUCAAAAAGACAACGUGCUCCAACCCAAAGGAGGUGUGACUGUUAGUGAGGGAGAGACAGUAACACUGGACUGUCACUAUAACACCAGUGGCUCAAAUACAAAUCUUUACUGGUACAGACAGGCUGCAGACGACAAGCCCACAUUCAUUCUGAGCCGCUUUACUUUUGGAUCAGGGAACACAGCGGACGGGUUCAAGGAGAGAUUUGAUUCCAGCCUGGAUUCCAGCUCAAGAUCAGUUCCUCUGAAGAUCCAGAGUCUGCAGCUGUCUGACUCUGCUGUGUACUACUGUGCUCUGAGGCCCACAGUGACAGGAAACUGCAAGACGUACUACAAAAACCUUUGGAGUGUAUAUCAAGAAUCCAGAGACAAAACAAUGUUAAACCACAUCCACUAGAGGGCAGUAUUCAUAUUUUAAUCUCAUCGGCUACUUCUUGAAGAAAAACACAUUGGACAGUUUGACAGGUCACCUUCCUACAACUGCUGAUUCGUCCAAUGUGUCAAUCCAACAUUCAAAAACAUUUUAAUCUGCGUUGAAACAUUAAACUGUCUUGAU